CUGUUCUGUAUUAGCCCGUUUAUUUAGAUAUUUAGAUGUGUGCCAUUACCCCGUGUUACACUUCCGGCUCAGUAGCUGCUCCAGCAGCAGUUUCUUUGCUGGAUCAGGCUGCGUAUGGUGAAGGAAACUGAUUGCAGAUCAGCGGUCAGAGUUUCCCAGCCUCCUCGUCUGCUCCAAUCAGAGCCGCUCAGUCGCCAUGGAGUCUUUCUGCCAGGCGUCAAGCUUGACAAAUUUGACUCCAGGCCGUUACUCUACGGUACUCGUCCCAACAAGCGGCUCAUGAAACAGGAGUCCAGACGGGAUUAUCAACCGCAGACAGAAGCGACUUUACGUCCAGCAGUCGAACCGGAUCCGGAGCGACGCGAGGAGCGAGGGACCUUCAGGCCGCUGGCGGCUCGGCCUCCCGCCGUCUCCCGGUACCGCGCAGCUGCGGCGUCCAUCGCCACAGCUUUAAGCCUGACGCCAUGACGUCGGAACCGAGCCUCCUCACGUACGGCGAGGCGGCGUUUAGGGACUCUCCGGAAAACCCACAACCACUGUGGCGUCGUCACGGACGUUUGGAGUGAAUGGACCCUCCAUCAAUGACACAAUUCCAUCGGUUGGAUUUCAUUGAGCCACGCAGGUUUUUUGCUCAAGGGCACAUGUGACAGAAACUUGGACUGGGGAACGCAGAUGUUCACUGUUACAUCAAACGGGCUGAAUCUCGGCUGAGGACACAUUGAGCAUUUAUUAGUAGCCUAAGGUCGGCUGCAGCCAGUGACACUCUCCAACCUGGAAACCUGACACACCUUAUUAUAUUGUAAUAUUAUGAGGUCUUCCAUAUAACUCACAGCGACGCUAUUGAUCUUUGUGACACCAUGAUGGUGGGGGCCACCAGAGCCAUGGGCCUCAGGACUCCGGGCAUCUGACGCGUACACCCGUGGGAAGCUACCCGAGAGGCUGGGGAGUGGUGGGCACCAGCACCAUGGACUACCACGCCGAGUGCUGCUUCUGCGACCCGGAGGAGGCCCACGGCGGCCCCGAUGACUUGCCUCUCCACAGCAUCCACGCCCCCAACCGGAUCCGGCCAUCCUCGUACCGGGCCCUGCGGAGUGCCGUGUCCAGUCUGGCCCGCAUUGAUGACUUCUUCUGUGAGAAGAUCGGCUCCGGCUUCUUCUCGGAGGUGUUCAAGGUGCAGCAUCGGAUCACAGGACAGGUGAUGGCGCUGAAAAUGAACACUCUGGCUAGCAACAAGGCUAACAUGCUACGAGAGGUUCAGCUCAUGAACAGACUGUGCCACCCCAACAUUCUCAGGUUUCUUGGGGUUUGUGUGCAUGAAGGUCAGCUCCACGCUCUGACUGAGUAUAUAAACGGAGGCAACCUAGAGCAGCUGCUGGACAGCGACCUUUACCUGUCGUGGUGCGUCCGGAUCGGUCUGUCUCUGGAUAUCGCCCGAGGCCUCAAGUACCUGCACAGCAAGGGCAUCUUUCACAGAGACCUCACCUCCAAGAACUGUCUGGUUCGCUGUGACGCUGGUGUGUUCACUGUGGUGGUGGGAGACUUUGGGCUGGCAGAGAAGAUUCCUGACUACAGUGAUGGUGUGGAGAAGCAGGCCCUGGCUAUCGUGGGCUCACCCUACUGGAUGGCCCCAGAGGUUCUGCGUGGAGAGCUGUACGAUGAAAAGGUGGACGUGUUUGCAUAUGGCAUCAUCCUGUGUGAAAUCAUUGCCCGGAUUGAAGCAGAUCCGGAUUUCCUCCCAAGGACAGAGGACUUUGGUCUGGAUGUUAAUGCAUUUGAGAACAUGGUUGGGGACUGUCCACCUGCUUUCUUCAGCCUAGCUGUCACCUGCUGUAAUAUGAGAGCUGAGAGACGUCCAUCCUUCUCUGAUAUCGUCCUCACACUGGAGAGCAUGGAGACGGUAGAAGGAGACGGGGAGAAGCUGAUCGCACUUGAGCCGGUGGCUGUGGACGCCAGCCCCUACCGGCGCUGCAGCUCUCCCUGCCACCCCGGAGACCGCAUCCAUCAGCGGCACGGCUUGGCUCGGAGCCAGUCUGACAUGCUGCCCCCAUCGAGCAUGACCCCUCCUCUCUUUGGGACCCCUGCACGGAUCAACCCCUUCUCGCUCAGACAGGACCUGAAUGGGGGGCGCUGUAAACUCUUAGAUACACCCAGCAAGUCGGUUAUCUCGCUAACCUUCACCCUGCCCGCUCUACCCGACCUGUGUGCCUCCCCCCACCCGCUCAGGGGCACGCGGUGGACCCAAGCACAGCCGAGGAGGUGCCAGUCUCUGCCUUGUACUCCAGAGCUCAGCCGGACUGUAGCCCUGUCAGGAGACACGGAGGGGAAGGAGGAACAAAACCAUGAAAGCUUCAGAGUGAGUAGAGUGAGUAAAGGAGAAUAUGGUGAGGCUGAUGAGGACAGCAAGAAUACGAACAAAGCAUGGUCAGAGCAGGAGCUUGGGCUGAACCUGGGGGCAGCUGAGAAGGCGGAGUUGCUGAAGGAGGAUGAAUAUACAGAUCUCCCAGUGGAGUUGGAGAUGGUGACUCUGGAACGGUUAGAGGAGGAAGAGGAGGUGGAGGAGGAGCAAGGUGUAGGCAGAACGGAACCCAUGGACUGUUCCAGAUCUCCAGAUCCGUCAGAGCGGCUCCUAGACUCCACGGCUGUAAGGCCUUUUCUGACCUCAUCCUCCCUAAGAACCAAUGGCUGGAGGCUUCCAAUUUCCAGUGGACCUCCAUCCUUGCCUCCUUUGCCACGGUUGGAUAACAACAACGGCUCAGCUCCUGUGAUGGGCCCUCAGGGGCAGUGGGGUGAAGGAGGACGGGCUAAUGGUUACAGUGGAGCCCAGGUCCUGUCCUCCGACUCAUGUGGCACCUCAGAACAGGAUGAGGUCAUUUCCUGUACGGGCUGCUGCCUUGUAGGUCUGAGUUUUCCCUCCGUGUGCCUCCGUGGUUCAGCUGCUGUGGCUGCUCCACACAGAAGGGUUUCGUUACCACGGCAGCGGCCGUACCGGAACCUUAACAGUACCAUAACUGGUGGCAGUGCUUCCUCACAGACAGCUGGCGCGGCGCAGAAGGCUCUCCUGUGCCGCAGCUCUAACGGGUCAGUGCCAUGUGAGCCCGGCCGCUCCCUGCCAGAGGCCCAGACCUAGUCCUGCUCACAGCACCUGCACCAAGUGUUAGCAGGCAAACUGAAGCUCACCCGGGCGUGGGGGCGCGUUCUUGACGCUGGGACGGUGCUGAUGGACACCGACCUACAUCGUGAUGGACUCCUCAUCUCUGAACCAAAUCACACUGACCUCGGUCCACGCUGCCGUGGUGACAGGUUAAAGUAGUUUAUUACUACUUGGAUCUGAUUUUUGUGCUUUGAGCCUAUGUCAAUAACACCGUCACACUGACACAGGGACCUGCAGAACACGCAAAUCAGAUGGAACCGUGUGAGUGAGACCCAUUUGUACUGAAGUAGUUCAUGAAAUUACAGUUGCAUUAAAAAGUACAAUUUAAUAGCGAUGGUCACAAAUAAACUAGAAAAGUCAGACCCAAGUAGGAUAAACGCUGGUUGUGACUGUGGUGUUGACCCGUAGCUCGCUCCUCCGUUCUGGAGGAAGCCUGCACGGUUACUGUUUCCUACGGAUAGAAACCUGCUCUACUUCACACUUCGACAGUGUGAAGUAAAAGUGAAAACACUGUUUUUAUUCUGUAAGUUCAAUAACAGAAGCUACAAGUGGAAACUUUCUAAUACUGAGACGUAGUUCCUGCAUUUUUAUAAAUGUGAAUCUGGUCCUUUUGCCACCAGGAUUUUACUAGAUGGUGCUUUACUGAACUCUGUGCUGCUGGUGUUUCUUAUGUGUUCUUCAGGCCCAACCAACGACACCGUCGUUCAUCAACUCCCUCUCACAUGUAUUUUGUGUAUGAACAUGUACAUUGUGAUAACACUGUUGUGAUUUUAAACUGUGGCAUGUUAUGCAGGUAUGGAUAUUUAUUGUACACAUUAUUUCACACACUGUGUGUGUAUGUGGUGUGAAGGUUCUGUUCAGGCAGCUGCCACUCUUGAAUGGUAAAUUUUUAAGAAUUCACAUGGUUCUAAACAGCCAGUCUGAACUGAAGGAGCCUGAAGGCGACUCCAGAAUCAAAAAGAAAAGGCAGGUGCCCUGAACAGAACCUUUGGGAUAAGAGGGUUGGAUACUCACAGGAGAACUUUUGUUCCAUGAUUUCUGAUGUUAACCCUGGUUAUUGCAUAAUGUUUUGUUCAUGUGUACAGUUAGAGUUCUGCGUGCAAUAAUCUGUAAAUAAACAAAUAUGACUGUGCACAA